AUGGUUAAGAUAGAAGAUAUGGGCAAAAGCGCCCAUGUUGAGAGCCCCCGCCCUGCGGUGCAAGUUGAUGUGGACGAAGCAGCAGAGUUGGCCACCGGUGUUGGUGAUGCUAAACCCUCGCUUUGGACGACAAGCAUGUUUCGUCUGUAUGGUUGUCUGUUGAUCGGGUAUCUCUGCGCCACAGUAAACGGCUUCGACGGCGCCGUGAUGGGAGGAAUCAACGCCAUGACAUCCUAUCAGGACUACUUCCAUAUGGCGAGCGCUUCAUCUAGCACCGGUAUUAUAUUUGCCAUCUACAGUAUUGGCACUGCUUGUGCGGUCCCGUUCGUCGGACCUGUGAGUGAUCGCUGGGGAAGACGAGCGGGCAUGUUUGUUGGAUCGAUCAUCGUUAUUACCGGGACAGUCGUCACCUCGCGCGCAGUCAAUCAUGGAAUGUUCAUGGGUGGUCGGUUUGUGCUAGGUUUUGGUGUCUGCUUUGUGAAUGUCAGUGGGCCGGUGUAUGUUGGUGAGAUGGCUCAUCCAACUUGGCGUGGUCCUUUGUCGGGCCUGUAUAACUGUUUCUGGUACAUUGGCUCUAUCGUCGCUGCCUGGGUGGUCUAUGGAACCAAGAAUCAGAUAGAUGGAUGGCGCACACCCCUCUAUUGCCAAUUUAUCGCAAGCGGUAUCAUUGCUCUGUUUGUCUGGUUCCUCCCAGAGUCACCUCGAUGGCUCGUCAGUAAUGGACGAGCAGAAUCAGCACGAAAUGUGCUGGCAAGAUAUCAUGGCGAGGGGGACUCAGAACACCCCAUCGUCAAACUGCAGAUGGCCGAAAUGGAGCUCCAGAUCUCAACCGAAGGAGCUCAUCGUCGUCGUCUCAUCUGUGUUCUCUCCAUGGCUCUAUUUGGCCAAUGGUCCGGCAACUCAUCGACUAGUUACUAUCUUCCUGUCAUGCUCGAGAACGCAGGAAUCACUUCAGAGAGUCGAAAGCUUCUGCUCAACGGCAUCAAUGCCCCUCUUUGCUUCGUGGCGUCAGUAACGGGAACGAUGUUCCUGGACAAGGCGGGCAGACGACCACUUCUCAUGUGCACUCUCAUCGGUUGUAUCAUUUGUUUCGCGAUCAUCACGCCUCUCUCCAAAAUCGCAUCCGAGCAUCCAGAUCAAUCGUCCACCGCAAAUGCAAGUAUUGCAUUCAUUUAUCUCUUUGGAAUUAGUUUCUCAUUUGCAUGGACUCCAUUGUCUCCCAUGUACGUCGUCGAGUGCCUAGACACCAACACGCGCGCGAAAGGAAAAGCACUGGCACAAUUUUUCACAGCAUGCGCUUCUGCCAUCAUCCAGUACGGAUCAGGCCCAGCUUUCCAGAAGAUCAAAUACUACUUCUAUGUGGUUUUCAUUGGAUGGGAUUUGUUUGAGCUGGCGUUCAUCUAUUUCUUUUGGCCUGAAACCAAGGGCCGGACUUUGGAAGAGCUGGAAGAGGUGUUUCAGGCGCCCAAUCCCGUCAAGCGAAGCCUGGACUCUAAGGACCUUCAAACCGUGCUUAACACUUUGCGUAUUGAGACUAAGCAUUCCGAAGCUUGA